AUCGCCGCGCGCAAUCGACGUCCACUGCCACUGCUGCAUCGGCCCAGCGCGCGCGUUUCCAGUUUCCAGGCGGCCGCCGGUUUUAUUUCCCUCGUCGUUUUUCCAUCGCGGUUUAGUCCCGAACGACGAGCAGUCGCGCGCCGUUCGCAGUCCGCGUUCCACCGUUCCCACCUCCCGGCGCGUGCGUUUCGUUACGAUACGAUACGAUUUGAAUUUUCCAUUCCGAGCGACAUUCGGGUGUUUGGCUAACGCUGACGCUGAAAUUGCAUACGAGAAAAAUUUCAUUGAACACUUUUCACUACCACUUCUUCGACCUUCGUCGUCGCGUUCGAUUCGUAACCGCAAUGUACGUUGCACCACCGCCCGAGCUCACUGUCCGCACACACAGUUAAACCCUUAGUUCGUACCUAUACGUUCGUUCGUUUUAACAUUUAUUUUUUUUUUACUCUAAUCGUCGAAUAGCCCUUAGCGCUUGUCCGAACCGUCAGAUAGCAACGAUAGCAAUGAUGGCUGCGUGCAGCCCGAAAAGAACGUUAGCGUUUAUUGUGUUGUUGGUGUUGUGCGAAGGAUUAGUCGUGUCGGCAUCGUACGGUGGUUCGUUUGUAAGUUUAGUGGAAGUUGUCAAUCACACUAAGUUCACCCAAGAUGAAACCAACGAUUUGUACGUCAAUUUGACGGUUGGCAUGUUUGGACAAGGACUCAACGAAAACAUUAAAAUCAGACCCACCUCUAGAGUUGCGUUACGUGGUUCUGAAUGUUACAAAAACCAUCCGAUGAAAAACAUUGAUUCUGAAAAUCAUAUUUUUAAGCAGUUGUGGACAAACGGUACAUACUUGUUGAUGAGUAUCACGUUUAAGUUUGAUCGAGACUUGACCACACGGAAUGUAUACUUGUGCACAUAUGAACCGCGAAAACCACCUAAUGGACUUGCCUCGUCGCUAUGGAGCGUAUUCAGUGGUUCGGACGACGACAGUGAUGGUCGAUGGGUGAACCAGGGUGAUUCGGUAGCGAUCAGAUCCGAUGAAAUGGCACAGUCUACGGAAAAUUCAUUGGAUUUGUCACCAAGCAGACAGAGAAGACAACAAGGGUCAACAUUAAAAAAUGUUACCCCAUUAGCCACAGCUUACAUAUCUCCAGUAAACUUUUAUGGUUUACGAGUGGAAUACUCAGAUGCAGCGAUAGACUACGAUCAUCGAGGAGUACCACAGUUACUGGUUCAACGAAAUGCGUCAUUUCGGUUGUUUGGUAGUGACUGGACUGACAAAACAAUAUUUGUUCUUACGGAAAAAGUUGGCGAUAAAGGUGGUCCGUGUGAAUUUCCCGUUGGAGAAGUUCAAGAAAUAACUCUUUUACCAAACGACCCAAAUACAGCUAUUAUAAAUAUAAUUUUACCGCAAGCCAGUAAAGCAGGUACGAUAUUUUACUUUUGUUCAAAAGAGAGCGAUAAGACCGGCGCAGUUUGGACGCACAUGGGUAAAGAAUAUUACAAACAAAUGGGAGUGUACGAAAAAAUGCUACCUUUCUGGCUACAGGUCGCUAUAAUUCUCACGUGUCUGUCAUUCUCAUCUCUUUUCUCUGGUCUAAAUUUGGGUCUGAUGUCGUUGAAUCGAAUGGACUUGAAGAUCAUUUGCAAUACGGGUACAGAGGCAGAGCGAAAAUACGCCAAAGCUAUCUUGCCUGUGCGUAUUCACGGUAACUACUUGUUAUGUAGUAUUCUGUUGGGUAACGUCAUGGUCAACUCAAUAUUUACCAUUCUGUUGGAUGACUUGACGUCUGGUUUGGUGGCCGUCAUUACUUCUACAUUGGCCAUUGUAAUAUUCGGUGAAAUUACUCCGCAAGCUGUUUGUUCACGUCACGGAUUAGCUAUUGGUGCCAAAACCAUUUAUGUCACGAAAACCGUAAUGGUGCUUACUACUCCGCUGUCUUGGCCCAUCAGUAAGGCUUUAGAUUGGGCUCUCGGUGAGGAAAUUGGUAGCACUUAUAACAGGGAACGUCUCAAAGAAUUAGUCAAGAUGACCGGUGAUGAAUACAACGAUUUGGAAAAAGACGAAGUUAAUAUUAUUUCUGGAGCUCUCGAACUUCAUCGUAAAAAAGUCGGUGAUGUAAUGACCAAAUUGGAGGACGUAUACAUGCUGUCAUAUGAUACAAUAUUGGACUUUGAAACUGUCUCAGAAAUCAUGAAAUCUGGAUACUCGAGGAUACCCGUGUACGAGGGCAACCGUCAGAAUAUUGUCACCAUGUUGUAUAUCAAGGACUUGGCGCUGGUCGAUCCCGACGACAACACAUUGCUUAAAACGCUGUGCCAAUUCUACCAGAAUCCGUGUUAUUUUGUAUUUGAAGACACCACACUCGACGUACUAUUUAAGCAGUUCAAAGAAGGUAUUAAAGGUCAUAUGGCGUUUGUUCAUCGUGUGAAUAAUGAAGGCGAAGGCGAUCCGUUCUAUGAAACCGUUGGCAUAAUAACACUGGAAGAUGUAAUUGAAGAAUUGAUUCAGGCUGAGAUCAUGGAUGAAACUGAUGUUUACACCGAUAACCGUUCGAAACAACGUCGACAACAGCGUUCACUUAGAGCUCAAGACUUUACAGCAUUUGCCGAACGUAGUGAAAACCAGCGUAUCCAUAUUUCUCCACAACUUACUUUGGCCACAUUCCAAUUUUUGUCAUCAAGUGUUGAAGCUUUCAAAACAGAUGUUGUAUCCGAAACUAUUUUAAUGCGCUUACUCAAACAGGACGUGAUAUUCCAUAUAAAAAUGAAAGAUAAAGAAAGAUUUAAGUCUGAUCCAGCCAGUAUCAUUUACCAGCAGGGCAAACCAGUUGAUUACUUUGUGCUCAUAUUAGAAGGACGUGUCGAAGUCACUGUUGGCCGUGAAAAUCUCGUGUUCGAGAGCGGUCCAUUCACAUACUUUGGAUCUCAAGCUUUACACCAGAACAUCGGAAUCGGUGAGUCACCACCAUCUGGAGCCAAUCCGACAAUGGCCAAUUCUACUGUGAACAACAUGGGCAGUAUACAGUCGGUCAACAUUGAUGCUAUGUUACGUUACACUUUUGUGCCUGAUUACUCGGUGCGUGCCGUUACUGAAGUGAUGUAUUUGCGCGUGAAACGUUCAUUCUACAUGGCAGCAAAACGCGCCACACUCAUGGAACGUUCUAAGAAAAUGUCAAACGCCGGUGAAUUCGAUGAAGAAGUAGACAAGCUGUUCCAUACUUAUGGAGACGAAGAUCGGAAGAGUAUUCAAGGUUCUCCUGACGUCACUAGGAAUGCAUCUCAGACAACAGUACAGCCAUCAACAAUUUCGGCCAACGCAGCAUCUCUUAACAACGGAGAACCUAUUCAACCCGUAGCUGUAGCAUUCUCACGAACACCUCAGGGUAACUCCGACGCAUCGGCUGAAGAAAAAAUCACACUUUUGGGCACAAACACGUUGUCCGCUGCUACAAAAUCGGACGCUACUGAUCCAUCAUCUUAGGUCUAUCGAUAAUGAUGUUAAUUUUUAGUCUGUUCUUUUAUAAUUGUCAUUUUUUUUUCUUUUUUUGCUUUACACAGUUUCAAAUAGAUUGGAACGACAGCGUUUAAUUAGGGACAUACAUUACGCAUAAGCACGUAGCAGAUAUUAUUUAAAUUUAAACAUUUUUUUUCUAUUGUUAUGUGUUAAGUAUAAUUUUUGACUUAAGUAGUUCUAGUCCAGCAUUAUUGUGUUCAGUAAGUGUCCAAAUAAUCCCAGCAGAAUCUAUCUGAACAAUAUGUAUACAUUUUAAUUUAUCUACGCUCUCUUUAUGCUCGUAUUGGAUAAACAUAAUGUUUAGCUGUCAUAAUGGCUGCACACUGAGGACUCGACUCCCAUUUUAUCGUUCUAGUGACUAACUACUUCAACCAGCUUUUAUUUUAUUGUACUUUUUUUUUUACGAUUUAUAAUAUAAUUGCUUUAUUUAUUUCAUAUUAUUAUUUAUAAAUAUAUACAUAUUACACACACAUACACACACACACACACACACACACACAUAUAUAUAUAUAUAUAUAUAUAUAGAUUAUACAUAAUAUGUAAUUAAGCUUUGUGUCCCGGUGACGCGGAAAUCCGUUUUGUAUAUAUGCAAAAGCGAAUCUCCAAGGCUUUUCGUGUCUCUUAAAAUUUCAACCGAUUAACAAGCCGAGAGAGUGAUCUCAGAGGUAUGUGAGUCCUCGUAUUUUUUGAUAUUAAGUUGUAUUAAGAAAUCGACGAAUCUAUACAAUAUCGGUAUUGUUCUUUGUUUUCUCUCUUUUUUUCGAUGAAAUUAAUAAUAUUUUCCUUCAAUAAUCGAAUAAACAAAACAAUCAAGUUUAUAUUAAAAUAUAAAAUGAAAUCUUAUAAAUAAUUAACAAUUUCCUCACACAAAACGACAUCACUAUUAAAUCGUUUACCUUUAAAAUACAUUCUUCGACUAUGUUGUUAAUUUUUUUAUUCAUUUGAAUAUUACAUUUUACAUAUUGCAUAUUGCUAUAUUCUACAAGUUUUUUAAUUGACUUUAAAAUUAACACAGUAACAUGGCGUUUUAUAAUUCUUAGGAAUGCGCUCAAAUUAAAGUCUAAGUAAUUAUAGGUUAUAAUAAUAAUCGGAACAACGUUUGGUGAUUCGUUACAUAAUAUUUAGCUUCAGAGUUAACUAGUCCUUUUUUAAGCUUACGGUUCAUGUUAUAUUAUGAUAUGAUAUAUUAUAGUGAUGUUCGUUAAAAAAAAAAAUGAAUAGUUGGAACAAAAUAAUUAGUUAAUAUGGAAGGGGAGAAAUAUAAUGUUGAGAGUUUAUAUACAUAUAUUUAUAUUUAAUAAUAAUUAUUGAUAAUAUUAUGAUUAUUAAUGUUUGUAUACUAAAUUUUUCGUAAUAUUUAUCUGUUGCGUGUAAGUAAUUGUAUAAGAUUAGAUACCCUAUAUGAUAUAAUUAAGCUGAAUAAUAAUUUUAGAGCUAUUCGACAGUAAUCGACUGAUGGUCAUCGAAAUUCGCCUAACUGAAAUACCUACUCAACAAGAGUCCGAACAUAUAAUAUCAAUUAUUUAAUUAUCAUAGUACGGUUCUGCGCAAUGCGCGCGACUAAAAUAAUGACAACAUUAUAAUAUUAUUACAUAUUAUAUAAUACAGUGCGUAUUGGUACGAACGUACAUUGAGGUGCAAGCCGUAUAUAAUUUAAACGUGGUGCUCGAUUAUUAUCAAACGUAUUAUAUAUGAUAUUAUUAUCAUCAUUUUUUUUUCGCCCGCCUAAAACGUCAACCGCAACGUAUUUCAAACAUAGCCUAUACCAAAAAAAAAAAAAAACAAUCUAUAUCCACCUGCGUCUUAAAGUGGUAUGUU